GGAGCAAACCAGUAGUGCUUGGCGUAGUUGCGCUAAAUUUUAUGGAUUCUUUUGAUUGACCUUAGAUUCAUUUAGUUGUAAAGGUUUAAAUUUAUGUUAAUAUUUUCUGGUUAUUCUUUAUUGUUUUGGUGUUAGUUCAGUGUAAAUAUUUUUUAUCUCUUGCUGUCUGAUUAUUUCACUUACAACAACUUGAAGCUUUGUCUAAAUUAAUACUUGUGAGGAUAAAACUGAUCUACAAUUAGAUGUGUUGGAUUGUUAAAUCACCAAUUUAUAUUUUGUGUAACUGUCAGGGAUAGAAAUUUAAGGCAAAAUAAUCACUUUAGUCACUCAUAAUUGAUUUAUUUCUUUGUCCACGAUUGUGUAUUUUUUCAAUAAUGUGACAGCUACAGUGCCUUAAAAACGUAUUCCUAACCAUUUAACUUUUUACAUUUUAUUCCUCUGACAACCAUGAUGUACUGAACAGGACAGACCAACUCGAAGUAGCAUGUGAUUGUAAAGGAAAAUGGUACCUGAUGUGGUAUUUACCAGAUUUUAAUUUAUAAGUGCAAGUAAAUGAGAGGAGCUGUUCAACUAAUCUCAUUUAGAGGGGGAUUUAAAGAAACUUAAAGUAUAUGUGGAGCACAGAGAAUAACACACAUCAGUUAAUAUGAAUUCAGAUUAGUUUGUCCUCACCAAAGUCUAGAUUCUGAUUGGGUUAACUGGGCAAACUUAAUAAAGAAAUGAUGUCACGUUUGUUGCAAAUGGUGUAUUAAUUCAAGUCCUGCCUACAUCAGAAUCUGGAUUAGCAGAAAGCAGUUCAAUGCAGUGGGUAGAGGAGGCUCUCUUUUAACAGGAAUUGUAAUAAAUAAAUGGAGGAAAAGCACAAAACAGGUUCUUCUGUCAGCAGAUUAACACCUGACUUUAAGGUAUCAAUUGGAAACACGUGUAAUGGCCCCUUGUCUGGUUUAUUUUUGAGAAACACGCCGGCAGUCCAAAUCUAUCUCCAACUGAUGCUUUGACCAUCCUGAAGAAACUACAUAGAAUACCAUCAUGUUAGCGGAUCACAAGAGAGAUGAUGGUCUUCUUGAGUGAUAUCAAAGUACGUCAUCCUGCCCUGUUAUUGGAGCCACGCCCUAUAAAAGGAAGUGGAAGCCUUCACUUCCUGUUUGACGGUCUGACCUUUCACCUGAGCUGGUCUGGAUGGAGGAAGCACAUGGAGCCAACAUUUGGUUGAAGGUAGAAGGUGUGUUUGUGAGCUGAUGUGAACUGAGCAGCAUGGAUCAGUGUGAGGACAGAAAGGACAGACUCCCUCCCACUAAAGCCACUUUGUGUGAAAAACAUGAGAACCUGAGGAAACUACUGGAACCAGAACCCAGCUGUGUGUCCUUUAAGAGCAGUGGGUCAAAGGACAACCCAUUCAGCAACUUUAGAGCCCAUUUUGCUUUGAGACAAGAGAUCCGAGAAAGAUCUUACACUUCUGAGCCUGGAUGUGGUCGUGUGUCCUUCAAGAGCAACUGGUCAAAUGAUCACCCACUGGUCAACUUUAAGAGACAGCCUGCCUCUAAAUCAGAAGUGGACCAACAGAACAUCCCCAGUGGCCAGUCAACCAAUCAGUAUCAAACACAGAUGGACUCCAUAUUUAUGCUGCUGGAGGACAACAUUGUGACUUUUGUGAAGAAGGAACUACGACAAAUCCAGAAGGUUUUGAGUUUUGAUUACCCAGAAUUUUCAAUGAGUCCGGUGGAGAGUGAGGAGAGGCUGGAGGAUGAAGAUGAAGAGCAGAGGAGGAGCAGCAGAGAGGCAUUUGAGAAGAUCACAUUGUAUUUCCUAAGAAGGAUGAAACAAGGCAACAUGGCUGACUGUCUGCAAAGCAAACUUUUUGCUGCACUUUGUCAUCGUAAACUUAAAUCUGGUCUGAAGAAGAGGUACCAGUGUAUGUUUGAGGGGAUUGCUAAAGCAGGACGUCCAACCCUACUGAACCAGAUCUACACGGAGCUCUACAUCACAGAGGGAGGGACUGGAGAGGUCAACCGAGAACAUGAGGUCAGACAGAUUGAAACAGCUUCCAGGUCACCAGACAGGCCAGAAACAACAAUCAGACAAGAAGACAUCUUUAAACUCUCACCUGGAAGAGAUCAACCAAUCAGAACAGUGAUGACAAAGGGUGUGGCUGGCAUUGGGAAAACAGUCUUAACAAAGAAGUUUACUCUGGACUGGGCUGAAGACAAAGCUAACCAGAACAUCCAGUUCAUAUUUCCAUUCACCUUCAGAGAGUUGAGUCUGCUGAAAGAGAAAAAGUUCAGCUUGGUGGAACUUGUUCAUCACUUCUUUAAUGAAAUAAAAGGAAUUAGCAAUUUUGAACAGUUCCAGGUUCUGUUCAUAUUUGAUGGUCUGGAUGAGAGUCGACUUUCACUGGACUUCCACAAAAUGGAGAUCCUGACUGAUGUUACAAAGUCCAGCUCAGUGGAUGUUCUGCUGACAAACCUCAAUUUUAUGCUUGAAAUUUUCAGGUCAGAAGUUAUCAAACUAUCUGAAGUGUGUCUUUGAUAUGCCUGCAAAAUGGUGCUUUAUUAUAGGUUAAUUUUUAUAUUUCUCAAGAUGGUUAUCCAUUGUUUUGUCUGUAAUCCACUAAUAACUCACGUACAUGCAUGUGCUUAAGAUAGGUCACACAUUUUGGAUCAACGUUUUAGGUUUGGUUCGCUGCUGACAAGGAAAUUAGAUUUAUGCUUAAACUUGGCAAUGUCAGGAAUUUACAGCUUCUUUAAUAUAGGAGAUGUGUCCAGAUGAUGAAAUGAUCCUUUAUCUGUAAAGAACAAUGGGCACCACAGUUGGCCCCGCAGUAAAGGGCACAACUCUUGUACGGAGUCCUCGACACAGCUGUCACGGGUUUGAGUUCCAGCCUGUUUACGUUUGCUGCAUCUCCAACUAAUUUCCCGUCAGCUCACUUUCGGGAAAAAGUUAGAAAAAUAAAGGCCACUAGUGCCUAAAAAAUAUUUUUUAAAGGAACAAUCUAUGUAUGAGAGCCAUAUAAUAUACAUGUUUG